GCAAAUUCUACAAAAGAAAUGAUGUCUUGCCGAUAAAAUCAGCCAGACCACUCAGUGUGCUCUGACCGCUCGAUCCGUUUAGACAACACAGAAAACAGUUCAGCAUCAUGGCCGAUGAGAAGAAGAAGGUUAAGAAGAAGAAGACCAAGGAAGAGGGAGGUACUUCUGAAACCGCUUCUGAAGCCGCAUCAGAGGCAGCAACCCCAGCACCAGCUGCUACUCCGGCUCCAGCCUCAACCACUGGAUCGAAGAGAGCGUCAGGUGGCUCACGUGGCUCAAGGAAAUCAAAGCGCGCUGGUUCCAGUGUGUUCUCUGUUUUCUCACAGAAACAGAUUGCCGAGUUCAAGGAAGCUUUCCAACUAAUGGAUGCCGACAAGGAUGGCAUCAUUGGCAAGAACGAUCUGCGUGCUGCCUUCGACUCUGUUGGUAAAAUCGCUGCCGACAAGGAGUUGGACCAGAUGUUGGGUGAGGCCUCCGGCCCCAUCAACUUCACCCAAUUGCUGACCUUGUUCGCCAACCGUAUGGCCCAAGCUGGUGCCAAUGACGAAGACGAAGUUGUCAUUGCUGCCUUCAAAACAUUCGAUAUCGAUGGCCUCAUUGAUGGUGACAAAUUCCGCGAAACCCUCAUGAACUUCGGUGACAAAUUCACCGCCAAGGAGUGCGACGAUGCCUGGGAUCAGAUGGUCAUUGACGACAAAAACCAAAUCGAUACCGCAGCCCUUAUUGAAAUGCUCACCGGCAAGGGUGAGGAAGAGGAGGAGGAAGCCGCUGCAUAAACACAAACUGGCUAGACUCUUGCAAAACACCAGCAAAAAAAUAAGUAAAAAAAAUAUUUAUAUCAAAAUAAUCGUAAUACAAAACAACAAGAUCCUGUUUUGAAAAAAAAAAUGUAUCUUUACUUUUUUAAAAAAUAAUUAACAACAUACUUUGUGUGUA